AUGGACCUCUCCAGCCCAAUACCACCGUCCACAGUCACCAUCUCCCCAAACAUGUCUGUGCCAUCGUCCUCUCCAUCUGAGUCUCUGUCUCCCAGCCCGGCCUCCACAGCUCUGUUCUGCUCACUUCUGUCCCUACUGUCUCUGCUCGGCAUCUUGGGAAAUCUCUACACUCUGGGGCUUCUGCUGAGGCGCAGGAGAAGCAGGAGGAGACAUGGAGGAGUCACAUGCUGCUUUGUGCGAGCUCCGCUGCCACGGUGCCUGUCCAGCUCUACGUCCCCGACCUCCUCCCCUGUGUCCUCCUCCUCCUCCACCUCCUCUCUGUACCUGCAGGUGCUGAGCCUGGCCUGUGCAGACCUGCUGUACCUGUUCACGGCCCCCUUCAUCGUGUACGACAGCCUGGCGUCUGGGUGGGCCUUUGGGGAGCUGGGCUGCCGUCUGCUCCUGAGUUUGGACCUGCUUACGAUGCACGCCUCCAUCUUCACCCUCACAGCUAUGAGCCUUGACCGGUACCGCGCUGUGGCCCACCCUCUGCACACCUCCUCCACAAACUCAUCUGGACUGUUGCGUGUGGCUCUGGCCUGGGGGCUGGCGGUGGCCCUCAGUCUGCCCAUGAUGAUCACUCUGCACCUGGAGGACGGGGGCGAGCAGGAGGGACAGCUGUGUGUGCCCGCAUGGGACGAGCAAAGCUCCAAGGCCUAUCUGAGCGUCCUCUUCUGCACUAGUAUCCUAGGCCCGGGUCUGGCCAUAGGCGCUCUGUAUGCCACUCUCGGCCGGCUGUACUGGGUGUCUCAGACCAAACCAGUGUGGGCCAGUGGGAACAGCAGUGCCAGCUCUCCUCGAGCUCCUAAACCCAAAGUCCUGCUCCUCAUCCUGGGCAUUGUACUGGCCUUCUGGGCUUGCUUCCUGCCCUUCUGGGUGUGGCAACUGCUGCCUCUGUACCAGCCUGACAUGUUAAGGACUGUCCCUGUGGGGACGCAGGUCACUGUGAACCGCAUCCUGACGAGUCUGACCUAUGGGAACUCCUGUGUGAACCCGUUUUUCUACACUCUGCUCACGGGCAAACGCAAACGCAGCCCCCAGACUCUGAACACCGUCAACACGCUGUGCCGUAAGAGCAGCCCUCCGCAGUAG